GCAAACCCAAAGACUCGUCGAAAUUUCUGUCAUGUCGCCCACGUCAGCAUCACAAACCGUGUGCUCCCCCACCCCCCGAUUCUAACUCAAAUACAAAAGCUACCGCCUCUCUCUUUCUAUAUAUAUAUAUAUAACGCCAUUGAUGAACCCUCAUUUUCAUCGAGAAGAUGUGUAGGUCGACUGAUUAUCACGGAUUUCAAUCCAACGGCAGAGAACGCCGCCUGAGUAUCCGAGCCUUCUUCGUUCGCUUCUCGGGUCUGGACACGGCACGGAAGCCCUUACCCGACUCGGCAACUCUCCUCUACCUCCCUCGCAUCAACGAGCAGGCGCUCGACGUGAACGGGGCGAGCGUCCGACCAGACUCGCCCGCUUUCGUGACCCUGCAUCGGGUCGUGAAGGCUCGGGCGAAGGAGGGGGAGGCGGUGUUCGGGAGCAGAGAGCCGGUUCGGGCGGGCGAGGGGGUACGGUUCGAGGUGUACCUGAGGGAGGAGAGGGUCGUAAAGGGGAUUUUUCGAAAGGACGAGGGACAGAAGUGGAAAUUGGAGUGCAAGUGCGCGGUGGAGAGCGAGAGUGGGAGUGAGGCUGACGUGGCGGAGGUCUACGUGGCUGUUGAGGGACACGUGGCGAUGAGUGAGAGGGUGGAUAUGUUGGUGAGGAGGAGAAAGAUGGAGAAUAGGAGGAGGGGGUGUGGAAGGUUGGAGGAGAUUCCCGAAGCGAGAGAGGAGGGGAGUGAAUCGGACGAGUACUGCUGCUGUUGUGGUGGGGAGGGGGCGGAGGAUGGGGAGAGCGGAUCGGACGGUGGAGAUUUGCAGGACGAGAUGGACAUGGAGGGAGUGAGGUGGGCCGUUGACUUGGGGAUUUGGGUCAUGUGUUUGGGGGUGGGCUUGUUGGUUUCUAAGGCUUCUCUUAAGAGAUUGAAAGGCAGGAAAAUAUUAUGAGGGAUUUUUAUUUUUAUUUUUAUUAUUAUUUGUGUUUUUUAAAAUUCUUUCUACUCGGAAUUGUAAAGAAUCAAUGAGUUUUUAUUUAUUUAUUUAUUUAUAUUGGAAGGCCAAUUUUGAAAUGCUUAAUCAAGCAACAAUUUUAACAUGAUUGAUUUGUUGUUUGUUAUU